CUGGUAUCCAGCGGAUUAAUCAAGGUGAUGGAGAUGAAGUUCUAUAGGAUGGUGCCGUUCUCGAUAUUAACCAUCGUGUUGCUUAUGGACUGGACAGCUGGAUACAGUGGUACAGCGGGCAUCAGAAGGACAGCGGCCCCCACAAAAGAGACUAAGUGGGACGGUAAGUCUUUAAUAUAACAGACAUUAAGUAAUGGUAUCUCUGCACAAGGAAGUGUGAAGUGUGAAAAGCGUGGCAUUCUGCUCGAGGCACUACUUUUUCAAAUUUUGAUAUAUAAAAUGCAACGAAAGCUCUCACACUGUGGCCACCCUAAGAUGUACGAAAGAAUUUCUUUUCGCAAAUAACUCGAUAAUUUGUAGUCGACGACCUCUUGCGUUGAAUGGUCCAAACACACCAUAGCAUGUGAUCAGUUUUACCAUAAAAAAUAUAAAUUUAUACAUUAAUUUUAAAACCGCAAGACCAAUAUUUAAAUACAUUAGGGAAAACAUAAGUCAGCCCCCUUUUGCACGGUUCCUAAUAGGCGUGUUAGCCUUUCAUUAUGUCUGUGAUAGUCCGGCGUUUAAAUAUCAGUUGAACAGAUAUGUCUUAACAAUUAAGUGGUAUUUAAUAUCGGUGAAUGAUGUCUCAGUGUAACCUAAUUAUUCAAUAUAGGGGAAAUAUUUCUCAAAGUAACCUAGUGAUUCAAUAAUGGUGAAUGCUGUCUUAAAGUAACCCAGUUAUUCAAUAGUGGUGAAUGUUGUCUUAAAGUAACCCAGUUAUUCAAUAGUGGUGAAUGUUGUCUUAAAGUAACCCAGUUAUUCAAUAGUGGUGAAUGUUGUCUUAAAGUAACCCAGUUAUUCAAUAGUGGUGAAUGUUGUCUUAAAGUAACCCAGUUAUUCAAUAGUGGUGAAUGUUGUCUUAAAGUAACCCAGUUAUUCAAUAGUGGUGAAUGCUGUCUUAAAGUAACCCAGUUAGUCAAUAUUGGUGAAUGUUGUCUUAAAGUAACCCAGUUAUUCAGUAAUGGUGAACCCUGUCUUAAAGUAACCCAGUUAUUCCAUAUUGGGGAAUUAUAUAUGAAAGCAAUCUUGUUUCGUUUAAAAAAAAUAAUUUUACAAUUAUUUUUAAAUAAAACAAUCCUAAUUUAUUCUUUGGUAUUAAUAAUCUUUUUUUAAAAAUCUACAGUUCAUAGUAUAGCUGGCUGGCUCGGUAAACAAAUAGUACCACAGCUAACCUUGAACAUAUGUCCACCCCUUUGCUGGAAUGACCUGGCUAGCGUCUUAUCGAAGAUUCCACAAGACGUAUUAAACAAAGUCACAACGCUAUGUAAGGGCAGCAGUUCCCAGUGUCAAACUGUCAAAAAUGUUGUAGAGGAGUUUAAAUCGUAUCCAGUUACCGUCAUCACUAAAGUUGUUCAAAUUUGUACACAGGAUCCAGACGUCUGCACAUUUAUCUUGGCACGACUGACUCCUCUUGGACAUUUACCGCUCUCAUUUGUCCAGACUGCCAUCGACCUCUGUGAAAAGGCACAACUCAAGUGUAAAGAAAGUCUUAUCGAAUUUCUCUCAGUUCAAGAAAGUAAAAAAAAACUCACCCAAGCAGUCAAACCUGACAUUCAGGCAACAGAGGAGACGCAAACAUCCAGCCAGCCUUCAAAAGGGGCACCAAACUCGUCGCACGGGAUCAAAGCACUCGUUUUCUUAAACGUCCUGUGGUUCCCACUUAUCAUGGCCAUUGACAGAUAUGGUAUAUAAAAACGAGACUCUGAUGACGUUUCUUUGAUAUUCACUUUCUUAUGGAUGUCAGAGUACGUUUAAAAAAAAUAUUUACAACUUUCUUUUCUAAUGAAAGAUUUUCAAAAUUUAUUUUUAUUUUUGUUCUCAAAACCUCCUUUGAGAUAAAAUUGGAUGGACAGUACUAACAGAGCUACAUUCUGUGCAAGAUGUUUAAUGUAAGUCUAAUCAAGCAGUGAAGCCUGCAUUUAUAACGGCUGGAGUGGAAAAAGCCCGUGGGUUGUUCACAUCAAUCAAAACCGUCUCAUUAAACGACCGUUCUCGUCAAUUUUCACAGUCAACAAUGGAGAGGAGCAGUUCCAGCGAGCCUUCAAAGGAGUGAAGUUCAAGCCAGUCUUUAAAGGGGCGAAGUUCCAGCUAGCCUUCAAAGAGCCUUCAAAAGGCGAAGUUCCAGCCAGCCUUUAAAGGGGCGAAUUUCCAGCCAGCCUUCAAAGGGGCGAAGUUCGAGCCAGCCUUCAAAGAGGCUAAUUUCCAGCCAGCCUUCAAAGGGGCGAAGUUCCAGCCAGCCUUCAAAGGGGCGAAGUUCCACCCAGCCUUCAUAGAGGCAAAGUUCCAGCCAGCCUCCAAAAGCCGCAAACAUCCAGCCAGCCAUCAAAAGGGGAACCCAAGUCAUCGCAUUGGAUCAAAGCAAUCGUUUUCUAAAACGUCCUGUGCUUCCCACUUAUCCUGGCCAUUGACAGAUAUGGUAUAUAAGAACGAGACUCUGAUGACCUUUCUUUGAUUUUCACUUUCUUAUGGAUUUCAGUGUACUUUUUUUAAUGUUUACAACUUUCUUUUCUAAUGAAGGGUUUUCAAAUUGUAAUUUUUAUUGUUGUUGUCAAAACGGCUCUUGAGCUAAAAGUGGAUGGACAGUUCUAACAGAGCUACUUUCUUGACACCGAUCAAAACCAUCUCAUUGAACGACCGUUCUCGUCAUGUUUCACAGGCAACAGUUAAGAGGCGAAGUUCCAGCCAGCCUUCAAAGGGGCGAAGAUGAAGACAGCUUUUAAAGUGGAGAAGUUCCAGCCAUCCUUUAAAGUGGCGAAGUUCCAGCAAGCCUUUAAUUAAAGGGGCGAAGUUCCAGCCAGCCUUCAAAGGUCAAAGUUCCAUUCAGCCUUUAAUGGGGCGAGGUUCCAGCCAGCCUUCAAAGAGGCGAAGUUCCAGCCAACCUUCAAAGGGGAAAAGUUCGAGCCAGCCUUCAAAGGGGCAAAGUUCGAGCCAGCCUUGAAAGGGGCGAAGUUCCAGCCAGCCUUCAAAGGGGCGAAAUUCCAGCCAGACUUCAAAGGGGCGAAGUUCCAGCCAGCAUUCAAAGGGCGAAGUUCCAGCCAGCCUUCAAACGGGCGAAGUUCUAGCCAGCCUUCAAAGGGGCGAAGUUCCAGCCAGCCUUCAAAGGGGCGAAGUUCGAGCCAGCCUUCAACGGUGCGAUGUUCUAGCCAGCCUUCAAAUGGGCGAAGUUCCAGCCAGCCUUCUAAAGGGGAACUCAACUCGUCACACGUAAUCAAAGCCCUCGCUUUUUUAAACGUCCUGUUGCUCCCAAUCAUCCUGGCCAUUUAUAGACAUGGUUAAUAAGAACAAGACUGAUGACGU